AUGAUGGCCAGCUACCCCGAACCCGAGGAUGCCGCGGGCGCCCUGCUGGCCCCGGAGAGCGGCCGCGCGGCCAAGGAGCCCGAGGCGCCGCCGCCGAGCCCGGGCAAGGGCGGCGGGGGCGGCGGCGGCGGCGGGAGUGCGCCGGAGAAGCCCGACCCGGCGCAGAAGCCCCCGUACUCGUACGUGGCGCUCAUCGCCAUGGCGAUCCGCGAGAGCGCCGAGAAGAGGCUCACGCUGUCGGGCAUCUACCAGUACAUCAUCGCCAAGUUCCCGUUCUACGAGAAGAACAAGAAGGGCUGGCAGAAUAGCAUCCGCCACAACCUCAGCCUCAACGAGUGCUUCAUCAAGGUGCCGCGCGAGGGCGGCGGCGAGCGCAAGGGCAACUACUGGACGCUGGACCCGGCCUGCGAGGACAUGUUCGAGAAGGGCAACUACCGGCGCCGCCGCCGCAUGAAGCGGCCCUUCCGGCCGCCGCCCGCACACUUCCAGCCGGGCAAGGGGCUCUUUGGGGCGGCGGGCGCCGCGGGCGGCUGCGGCGUCGCGGGCGCCGGGGCCGACGGCUACGGCUACCUGGCGCCCCCCAAGUACCUGCAGUCCGGUUUCCUCAACAACUCGUGGCCGCUGCCACAGCCGCCCUCGCCCAUGCCCUACGCCUCCUGCCAGAUGGCGGCGGCCGCGGCGGCGGCGGCCGCGGCGGCGGCAGCCGCGGGCCCAGGCAGCCCCGGCGCGGCCGCGGUGGUCAAGGGGCUGGCGGGCCCGGCCGCCUCCUACGGGCCGUACUCACGCGUGCAGAGCAUGGCGCUGCCCCCCGGCGUGGUGAACUCGUACAACGGCCUGGGCGGCCCGCCGGCCGCGCCCCCGCCGCCGCCGCCGCCCCCGCCGCCGCCGCACCCCCAUCCGCAUCCACACGCGCACCAUCUGCACGCGGCCGCAGCCCCGCCGCCCGCCCCGCCGCACCACGGGGCCGCCGCGCCGCCCCCGGGCCAGCUCAGCCCUGCCAGCCCGGCCACCGCCGCGCCCCCGGCGCCCGCGCCCACCAGUGCGCCCGGCCUGCAGUUCGCUUGCGCCCGGCAGCCCGAGCUCGCCAUGAUGCAUUGCUCUUACUGGGACCACGACAGCAAGACCGGCGCGCUGCACUCGCGCCUCGAUCUCUGA